AUGCACGAUCCCUUUCCUCUCCCCCCUUUGCCGUGGCUCAGUAAAGCCAUACAGCCCAUCGCCGACUAUCUUCACCUCCCGACUCUACCUCUGCAUAUCCACGAGGUCAUCAUAUCGUUUGUAGCAUAUACGCUGAUCAAUAAUGUCGUUGCGCCCAAGCUUUCUAUGCGCAUAUUUCCGGUUAAGUAUGCAAAGCUGUCCCCGGAGCGCAAGAUGAAUUGGGACGUUCAUGUGGUUUCUUUGGUUCAGAGUACCACUAUCAACACCCUGGCGUUAUGGGUGAUGUUCAACGACGAGGAGCGUAAAGCCAUGGACUGGCAGCAGCGCAUCUGGGGGUACACUGGUGCUGCGGGGAUGAUCCAGGGCAUGGCAGCUGGAUACUUCCUCUGGGAUUUGAUGGUUACUCUCCAACAUGUCAGAGUGUUUGGAUUCGGCAUGCUUGCCCAUGCAUUGAGCGCCCUCAUAGUUUUCUCCUUUGGAUUCAGACCAUUUGUGAAUUUCUACGGAUGUACUUUCAUCCUCUACGAGCUCUCCUCUCCAUUCCUGAACUUCCACUGGUUCUUCGAUAAACUCGAUAUGACCGGCUCAAAAGCCCAGCUGUACAACGGCAUCAUGCUCCUCUUUACGUUCUUCAGUUGCCGGCUCGUGUGGGGAACCUAUCAGUCAGUUCGGGUAUACCAAGACGUCUGGCAAGCAAUUCACCACCAGCCAGCUACCACAGGCAUUGACAUGGACGCUAUUAACGGCACUGCCGCGGCUACUGGCAAGAGCGCUGCUCCUAUUCACGAUGAUAUCAUGCGCUUCGCGGGUGACGAGUAUGUUCCAAUGUGGCUGGCCUUUACAUACUUAGGAAGUAACCUCGUGCUCAACACCUUGAACUUCUACUGGUUUGGGAAGAUGGUUGAGACGGUUCGUAAGCGAUUCCAGCCACCAAAAGAGAUCAAGCAAAAGGAGAAGGCCAUUGCUACGAAAAGUACCGGGGCGAACGGGAAGACGAGGAUCGAUAUUGAUGAGACCGAGGUGCGAAGAAGGAAAAUUGCAGACGGCGAGACGAUUGAUGCUCUGACAUAG